CAGCCGAGUCGAGUCACUGAGAUCAUGCAAACCCCCAGUACGUUCCCUCCGUGGGCGGAUUUAAGCACAGUUUGUCCCAUCAUCACGUUGCGCACGCCAUGUAUGUGACUGACUGCGCCACACCCAGCUGUGCCCGGACUGCAGGUCGCAGGACUCGCUUGUGUAUACUCGGGGCAGCCAGUGGCACGGAGCUCAUGCUGCUGCUCCACUGCUGUGCCUCCCCUCAUGUCCCAGUAACAGCAGAAGGCGGGCGGUGCGUGAGCGAGAGCCUUUCACGCUUUCCUACGAUUAUCUACAACACUUGCGCUGUGACCAAAGUCAACACUGAGACAUUGUAAUGUCCUAUCAGCCUGUUUAAAAUGGGCUUGUUUUUAUAUAUCGCUGGAUCUGCCAACCCCACGGAGGACAGUGUCUAUGAGCAGGUACUUCACUGUCAGGGUGUGAAUAAUAAAAGCUACGUGUGUGAGACAGGACACUGUUGUGGAGCGUCCCAGUGCUGUAGCCACUACUAUGAACUCUGGUGGUUCUGGCUGGUGUGGGCCAUCAUCUUCAUCAUGAGCUGCUGUUGUGUCGGUCAUCAUCGUCGCACCAAACACAGACUGCAGCAACAACAACGACAGCACGAGAUCAACCUCAUUGCCUACAGAGAGGUUCACAACUACACCUCACUGCCCUUCUACUUCAGAUUUCUACCCAACAAUCUCCUCCCAGACUAUGAGGAGGUGGUGCAUCGGCCCGCUACGCCCCCUCCUCCAUAUAGUGCCUUAAACGCCGGCCCUCCGACCACUGACCAGCAGGAUGUGCAAUGUGUACCCAGAGAGACCACUCCAUUGCCCCCUGAAUCUGACAUGCUCUGUUCCAGACCCGACAUAGAGGACAUCCAUACCUCUAAUGGGUACCACCAGAAAGAAGACCACAAGGGCGAGAUCGAGUUAGAGAGGGGCAGAUCCGCACAGAGCACUCUGCCAUUAGAGCAGCCUCCCAGCAUGGACAAACAGAACGAGUGCAGGACGGAGCCGUUCAGAAAUGUGGCAGUGCCUGACCAGAAAGAGAGGAUUCUGGGAAGGCACCGCAGAUUUACAGGGGACUCUGGGAUUGAAGUGUGUCUUUGUGGGCAAGGCUUGGAGAGCCCUGAGCCCAAAGAAUUCGAGGGGCUUUUGAGUGAGGAGGACCAAGUGGACUCAGAAGAUUUCUGUGAGGAAUGUGGCCUUCAUUCCUACAGAGAGGAAAGUCAGGGACUCAUGUCCCCAGAAAACAGAGUGGAGUGUGGAGCAUCUCCUGUGCCUCAGUCUCAACCUCUUCCUGUCUGCCUCUAUUUGCAUACUAUUAAUGAACAAGACAGUCCACAACAUAGUAACACAGAAUCAUAAAGCUAAAUGCAUGACAUUACUGGAAAAAAAAAAGUGAUAUAGCGAAAGAAAAAGUGAGAGGAAACAAUUGGAUGCUCUCUGCAUUGUUGUUUUAUGUACAGAGCAUGUUUUAUGUGGUUAAAAAGCCCAAAAGUGCACAAGGAUGGGCUCUACUUGCUCCACUAGACAAUACAUGUGGUGCUGUAAUUGUGUGCUCAAGUACUCCUGGGAGAUUCGUAUUUACAAGUUGGCAUCGUAAUUAUGACAUCAGAUGCAUUCAAAUCACUGUGGAUGGAGAAAGAUGGCAAUGUACUUCUACUAAAUAAAUAAAUAAAUAAUCCACAAAAUAAUGAAUAAAGAAUGCACACAAGGUGUGUUUUUGCAUUUUUAAAGUGCCCCUAUUAUGCCAUUUUUACGGUUCCUAAUAUUGUUUUGGGAGUCUCCUACAAUAGGAUUACAUGCAUGCAAGGUCAAAAACCCCAUUCGUUUUCUCAAAAUAUGCAUUUAAUAUCACCUCAUUUUUUUUAGCGAUUCUCAAAUGAUUCGUUCGAAGCAGUUCAAAGAUUCAGUAUCUCUAAACCCCUCCUUUCCGUGAGCCUGCUCUGCUCUGAUUGGUCAGAGGGCCCAGUCUGUUGUGAUUGGUCUACGGUGUACAGCGCGUGUUGGAAACGAUACGCCUAUUCCAAUAGUUCUGUAUUUUGAAUGCUCUAUAGAAAAUAUAAGCAUCUGUAAUUUAUCAUACACUGUUUGUGAUGCAGUGGAGCAGCUGGUCCAAAUAAACAGGAUACUGAUCCAUCUUUCAACAGUUUUGUGAAUCCCGCAUUGAACUCCCCAAGAAACAGAGAAGCAGUCAUCAAUAGAAUUACGUGUUUAUGGGCAGGGACAAGUUGUUCACGGCCGACGAACGUAGAACACUGGCGCGCAUUAUGCAAAUAUACUGCAUUUCGUUGCCUUGUACCUUAUAUGUGCAAUGACAAAGUUUAAUCUAAUCUAAUCUAAAAUGUGCAGAAGUGGGAUGUGCAUAAGUGGGAUUCAAAUUACUAACGACUCGUUUCAGCUGUACAGAGUCUAUUCUUUAUUUUGGGAGACAAUAACUUUAUUUAUCAUGCACUUUCCGCUUUACAACUUUGCAGAUUGUUUACAUUCACAUAAAGCUGCAUAACACACUGCAUGAAAGGCAAUAUUGGAAAUGGCAUAAUAGGGUCACUUUAAUAUUUUUAUUUCAUUUAUUUCAAGGGGCUGUAAAUUGAAUCAUAUUCUAUUGUAAUUAUACAAUACUUUUGUACAUGCAACAUAGCUAGUUUUAUUGUUAAAAAAAAGGAAGACAAACUUCAACUAAUUUACUGUCAAUAUGCAUAUAACUCCAAUAUCCUUAGUUUGCUACUUUGUCAUUACAAUUUUGUGGUGGCAAUGUGCGUUCAACUUGUAAAUACGAUCUUUCCGACAUGACGUACCACAAGACAUCCACAUUUACUUUGCAAAAUGUUGUGGUUGAAGUCAUUUCAAUUGCAAUCCAUGUGAACAUGAGAUUUCGCUUGUGUUCAAGUUGGUAAUAUGAAUUUGUUGCAUUCACCAACAGAAAGCUGCUUGGUUUGAAAUUGACCUCUGUGUGAGCAGUGCUUCAUGCAUCGCUACACUAUUGUGUAUGGCCCUUUUUUACCUUUGAAAUCUCGCUGAAAUUUUAUAAUGUGAACAGACUUUAACUGUGCAGUCUUCGGACUGAGAUUCUAAAUAUGUAAACACUGGUGUGCUGAACUCCCAGUGUCUCAGGACAGUCAGAGAGCAAUCUAAAAACUGACUGAACACCAAA